AUGCUGUGGCCGGACGCCGCCGCCGGCUCUGAACAACAACAAGACCACAACAAAAAACAACAGCAAGAACAGAAGCAAAAGAAGAAGCAGCCGGACCGCUCGUCGCCGCAAGCCAGCGGACGUCUCCCGUCGCCACCGUCGUCUUCGUGCUCCGACGAGAUGGACCACGAGCCGGAAUCGUUGCCUCCUACGCAAUCGCCAGUACCACAUCGUCACAGAUCGCGCGCAGAGUCUGUGUCAUCGGCCGCCACGUACAUAGGCCGGAAUCCACACGUGCAUUCACCAUCUCAAACUUCAUAUGAGGAGGAGAAGGAGGAGGGGCUGACCCGUCCACUGUCUCCAGCGCCACGUUGGGAAGAGGAGGAGGAGAGAAAGGAAAGUGAGGCGCAACAAGAGGAGACACCCCGACGCGUCGCCCGGGGCAGUCGCCGCACUAGGGGCGGGGGUUCUAAUAGUAAAAGAAAGGUGGUCGACAAGGGCAAGACUGUAGAGACCGCAUCGGCACCGCCCAAAGCGGUCCCGCCAGCGAAGAAGGCGGCGGCAGGCCCUGGCCGCCGUCGCCGAGGCAAGGCCGUGGACGUGGACGCGGGGACCGUGCGCCGUGACGUCGAGGCCGUGGGUAAGGGUGUUCGCCGUGACGAGCCUGCCGAUAUCGACCUUGGCAAUCCCGACGACGGUGACGAUUACGACGAUUCGGAGCUGCUCGACUCGAUCCUCGACGGCAUCGCGACUGUUAGCGUUAGCGCCGCCGUCAAGCUGGACGACGCGGGCCGCUGGCGGGUGCUCAGACAAUCUGGAAAUCCCAGGUUUUAA